ACUGGGGGUGCUGCGGUUUACGUUGGGAGGGUGUUUUUGAGUUAUUUCGUAUUGUAAUGAAUUUUACGGUGUGCCGAAGGAGGUUCGUUAGCGAUUAUGCAAAGAAAGCGUAGAUUAUUAUACCCGUCCUGUAUGAAACAUUGCUCAUGCGUAGGUGAUUUAUCAAGUAGCCAUAUUGAAAUCUUUCAAUCUGAAAAAUUUUUUCCAGCCGAAGAAACUAAUCCAGUCUGUGCUCUUUUAAGAUUAAGCGAAGCAGUAUUUUUUGGGAAGGUAUAGAAAGAUGUCGGUUCUUAAUCAAAGUGGAGAGGAGCAGGUCGAGUGCCCUUUGUGCAUGGAGCCGUUGGAAGUCGACGACCUCAACUUCUUUCCGUGCAGCUGCGGAUAUCAGAUAUGCCGUUUUUGCUGGCAUCGGAUUAGGACAGACGAAAACGGAUUGUGUCCGGCCUGUCGGAAGGCGUAUUCGGAAAAUCCGGCCGACUUCACGCCGCUGUCGAAGGAGCAGGUCGCCCAGCUGAAGGCGGAGAAACGUCAGCGGGAUCAGCAGCGUAAGGCCAAACUUAGCGAAAGUCGAAAACACCUAGCCAAUGUACGCGUGGUUCAGAAAAAUCUCGUCUUUGUCGUCGGUCUACCACUUAGGCUCGCCGACGCGGAGAUCCUAAAGAGGCACGAGUACUUUGGAAAGUUUGGCAAGAUACACAAAGUCGUCAUUAAUCAAUCGACGUCUUAUGCUGGUUCCCAGGGUCCGAGUGCGAGUGCUUACGUUACAUAUAUGAAAAGUGAUGACGCCUUACGAGCUAUACAAAAUGUCAAUAAUAUAUCAAUAGACGGUAGGCUUAUAAAAUCUAGUUUGGGUACCACAAAGUAUUGUUCACAUUUCAUGAAAAACCAGCCGUGUCCGAAGCCCGACUGUAUGUACCUGCACGAUUUCGGCGAUCCAAAGGCCAGUUUUACAAAGGAACAAAUGCAUGCGGGCAAACACCAGGAAUACGAACGAAAGUUGCAUGAUCUGUUAGUUACAAAAAUGGCAAUACAGAGUGCGCAGCAACAGCAACAACAGCAGCAGCAGUCCGAAGUAAGAUCUGUUAGUAAAACUAAAGAGUCGACGUCCUCCUCGGCGUCUACCACAAAGGACAAUUGGCCACAGUUGAAUUCGGAAAAGGGGGACAAAUGCGAGAAGAAACAGCCGGAAACCGUCAGUAAAGACAAAACACAGAAGGCGAAAACCAAGUUAAAAAGCGACUGCAGUAGGAAGCCGGAAAAGAGUAAAUCGGCAGAGUGCACCGCGAGCAAUGGCAAAUGCGAAAAGUCACAGUCGAUGGAGGAAAAAAUCCAGAACACAUCCAAAAGCAAAAACGAGCUCGAGCCGGAAAAGAUGGAAUGCGCAAUACCAAAAAUACCGAUAAUCGACGACAACUCCAGCUUCUUCUCACAAAACACAUUUCAAAAGAUCGCCCCCGAGAUCGAGGAGGAUCCGGUUUCGGACGGCGGUACGGAGCCCCAGUGUCAAAUUCUCAACGACUCACUGCCGAACAUCAACAGCACCGAGGACUGGGAGGCGGCGUUCGGGUUCUCGAAGCAGACCACUCAUCUCGUCGAGGACCUCACGAAACACCGGGUGGGAGUAAAGGACACACUGGAAACAUUCGGCAACAGCUACCCUAAUACCAUCGACAUGUUCGGCAAUAUGGACGGCUAUCAGAACGGCUUUGACGCCACCACAAACAAACUGCAGGAGAACAUCUUGGAGGCGCUGUCUAACAAGCACUCGCACUUCAACCACACCACCUCGCCCCUAUUCCUGAAAACUGACAGAAUCAACGGUCUAAAUCACGUCAACGGCGUGAACGGUCUCGAUCAGCAAAUGUCCAAGUUCUUCUCGGACUUUUACAAGAACGGCCAGAAGGAUCUUUACACGAACGGCUUCACCACGCAUCCGAUGAACGGCCUCAGCCAGCAGCAGAGCAACAGUUACUUGCACAAUUUAACCGACAGACAGAACAUGCUACUCAUGCAGCAGAGACAGAUCGAGGAACAGUUGAUGAGCUUAAAUUUAAAUCGACAGUUAAUCCAUAACAGUAUGCACGGCGGCGGCGGCCAGUUUAUGAACGGCGAUAUAAACGGACAGAGCUUCGGGUCGCCGUCGUCGUCGUUGCAUAACCCGCAUUAUCAAAAUUCGGUCGGGAAGAAUCACAGUCGGCCCGAGGACGAGCUGGAUUUCGAUCCGUUUCACGAGACACAGAAGGCGCUCGCCGAGCUCAUUGAAAACGAGCAAAAUCACAAGGUACACCAUCCAGGGCGCGCCACAAAUCAAAUUAACGGCAUGAUGCAUAGUCAAAAUUCGAAUCGGCACCUACCGCCACCGCCGCCGGGCUUCAUGCAAUCCAGCACACACAUGAACUCGUUUGGUAGCAAAAUACUGCCAUACCUCAAUAUGGGCAACACGCAACAGCCGCAUCAGAUAAGUAACAAUUCCAGCACGCAACAACCACAACAACAAAACAAUUGGUCGGGCAAUUUUAGUCAAAUUCAACAGCAACAGUCGAACAAAGGCACGUGUAACGAUUGGAAAGUGUUAGAUCCGGCGAUCGUAUCGUCGAGUAGACAUUUUAUGUUAUCGAAUAUGCAAUCUAGGGAGCAGUUUAACGGCAUGCAGCAGCCGACGCAGCAGUUACAAAACGGACCAGUUAGAUCGUUUGAUUAUACGAAUUACAAUCAACAGAUGCAACCAAAUUACAACAACUUCUCGCACCACCAAAAUUUAAAUUGGCUGGGCAACGAAUUAAAUUCACAAAUCUCCAGCCCGCCCGGUUUCAGAACGAAUAGUCAAUCGACAAAACAGCAGGAAUGUUAAAAAUUCAUUUUACCGAGCUUCGUCUUAAUUGUGCGCCUUACUUUUUGCAACUGGUAUGUUUAAAUGUAUGUAUAUUUAUAUUUUAUGUUGACUAUUUUUGUGUAGAAAUUUCUUGUUGCAUUGUUAUUACGAAAAAAGGAAAAAAAAUCGAAAUUUGUCAAACUCUUCUUAUCUCUUUGUUGUAUCAUCCAGGUUUUGUCGUACAAAAAGCGAGGUACACAAUGUGCGUCGUAGCUUCUUAUCUAAUUUUUUUGUAGACACUGUACGUGUAAUUUUUUUUCUUGUAAAACUUAUGAAUUAUAAAUCAUAUUUAAAUCGUCUGGGUGCUUGGCCAACUGAUUGUAACUUAUAAAGAUCGAUGCAAUUUAAUAAAACAAAAAAAUAUGGUUAAUAAUUA